AUGCGUCAUCUUGCCUUCGAUAGCGAUGAGGCACCAAUUUCACGUCUAGAAAAGGAUAUUCAAGACUCUAUACCAGUUCAGGAUGUUUUUGCUGUCACAGUAUCCUUUGCGGAGCUGGACAAUCGACGGUGUCGACGUCUUCUGGACUCGCUACGUGCUAGCUGGGCUGCCUUGCCGCGCUCACAGGCCGAGGCCUACGAUCGGAAAAUGCGCGGAAUACGCCGCCUAGAUCUUUCUUCGAACCAUAUCACAUCAUUUCGUGAGGCAGGUUUGAUGGAGGCUGUACAGUCCAACUUUAUCUUGCGCCAACUGGAGUUGCAAGGCAACGAAUUGGUCGUCCCACCUCACAGUGACACGACGGAUGAGAUUCAGGCGUGGGCGCAAGCGGUAGGCUCCAGUGGUCUUCGUAUGCUUAAUAUGACGGCCAAUCAACUCGGCGAUGUUGGGAUGGCGGCGUUCUUUGAUACCCUCGCACAGACAGGCUCGCCGCUGCAUACCUUGUACAUGUCAGUAAACACGUUUGAGUCGGAAUCAGGCUCUUUAAAAGCAGCGCUCAGUAUUGCCCGCUUCCUCAGCGAUCCGAAAGCGUGUCGUGGUUUGGAAUGCCUACACUUGAAUGGCAAUCACUUCGGCUGGGCAGGCGUGAGGAUCAUUGCGCAUGCCAUUAUGGGCUCACGACGGGCAUGUACGCUGGGCGGCACACUGUCCCAUGACACCCCCACCGAGAUGCUCGAUAUGACACCGCCUAAUACCAGCCUUGUACACAUCGACUUGUUCUCGACGGGCAUUGACUCACUUGCUUCGACGACGGAGGCGCCAGUAUGGGCCCCUUGGGAGGCCUACUCGGCCGUGACACAAGAAAAUUGGUUUGCGCUGGUCACACAGCAGUUGGAAGAGAACGAACGACGACGUGAUCAAUGCCGUCACGUCGCUGCACGUAUUUUGACGCCUGCACGCAUCGUAGGAUGCAAAGCUAGGGAAGCGUCGGAGACAACAACGUCAUCUACGUUUCCAUUCCUACGUCUACCAAUCGAGCUUCGGGCCUUGGUGCUCGAAGCCCUGGAUCCAGCGCAUGUGCUUAGUCACGAACAAUGGGUUCAUAUUGUACAGUGGGCCAGUGAGCCAAGCACAUUGGGGUAUGGGCAUGAUCCAGCGCAUACCAUGAAAAUAUGCACCGAGUCGCCCUUGCCGAGCCCCAUUGACUGGCCUAUGCUGCCAUGGUCAUGGGAGCUUUGCUUUCAAGAACGGUCACAGCGACGGAAUUGGUAUAUGGAGUCGCUCGAGCAGCAAGAAGGUGACGAGCUUCGCACGCCUAUGCCGCCAGCAUUGCUAGCGUUCUGGGAGUGUACGGGCACCGAUCAUGCAGAGGCAGUAUCGUCUUUCCGUUCGUCUUCUUUCGUGUAG